UCAUGCUUGUUUAUUGAAAGUAUGUAAAGUCCAGUAAGGAUAUGAUUUGUGUGUUGAUUUACAAAGUUUAAUUUACACUGAUGUUCAUGACUUAUUUUAUUUAUAAGAGUACAUUUCUUGUUAAUAAAAUGCAGAACCUACAUUAAAGUGGUCUGAUAUCAAUCAAGAGUUAUACUGUGCACAUUACUGGUCAAGUAGUACCUUACACCCACCUCUUAUUCUUUUAAAGUGGAAUUUAGUCUCAGAAUAAUAAUUUUAACAUAUCAUAACCCUAACCCAUAUCAUAAUGAAAAUUAAUGAAAAUAAAAAUAUAUAUAAUUCAUAAAUAUUUGAACACAAUAUAAGGAAAUUAUCUCCUCUCUAAAAAAAGAAAAAAAAUCUAUCUAAUAGGUUCCAAAAGGAUGGCAAACUCUAAUGUAUCUUUAAAAAUAAAAAAAAUGAUUUGACUAAGCCUCAACAAGCAUUUUAGGCAUUUUCUGCCCAUACAUUUUUGUUACAGCAUCUGUUAAAGUGACUUUUUUUUUUUUUUUUUUAAUAGGUAAAAUUAAGGUGAUCCAAUCUUGUUUGUUCCCACUCUGUUUUGGUUCUGACCAAGUGGGUAUUCUACAAAUGGAUAAUGGAGACUGGGGCCAUAGGAUGACUACUCCUGUUACCUUGAACGUGGGAGGCAAUUUGUACACCACUAGUCUAUCCACGCUGCAGCGUUAUCCAGACUCCAUGUUGGGCGCCAUGUUCCGGGGAGAUUUCCCCACAACCCGCGAUUCCCAAGGGAAUUAUUUCAUCGAUCGCGAUGGAACACUAUUCCGGUACAUCCUGAACUUUCUUCGGACAUCUGAGCUUACCCUUCCUAUGGACUUCACAGAAACAGAUCUGCUGAGAAAAGAGGCAGAUUUCUACCAGAUCGAACCAUUGAUCCAGUGCCUCAACGAUCCCAAGCCACUGUACCCUCCUGACAUUUUUGAGCAGGUUGUGGAGCUCUCUAGCACUAGGAAACUGUCAAAAUACUCCAACCCAGUUGCUGUUAUCAUCACACAGCUAACAAUAACAACAAAGGUCCAUGCCUUGUUAGAAGGCAUUUCCAACAACUUCACCAAGUGGAACAAACACAUGAUGGAUACAAGAGACUGUCAGGUGUCAUUCACCUUUGGACCGUGUGACUACCAUCAAGAGGUGUCCCUAAGGGUUCACCUCAUGGACUACAUCAUGAAACAAGGCUUCACCAUUCGGAAUACGCGGGUGCAUCACAUGAGUGAGCGUGCAAACGAGAACACUGUGGAGCAUCACUGGACUUUCUGUAGACCAGCUCACAAAGUUGAAGACUGAGUUGCAGCACAGGUUUUGUCAGUGAUGUUAUUGUUGGAUUUGUCUUUGUGUUAUACAAAUGCUAGAGAGAAAAAAAACAAAACAAAACUGACCUCUGUUUGAGUAAGGUAUCACUGUUGUCACGACAUGAAGCUUAAAGUCCAGAGAACAGCCCAAAAAAAAAAAAAAAAAAAAAAAAAGGAGGUAAUGUGAAUUCUUAAUUUAUUCAUUAGAUUGAGCACAAUUCUUUAUCAUCUUUGCCACCACUGUAUAUUUGAUAUCUAGCUUUCAUUGUAAGGUCUUCAAAAAAAAAAAAAAAAGUUUCCUAUUAACUUAAUUGCAAUAAAGUUGUGGUUUUAGUCAGUUUGGGAAGCUAUUAUCAGAAAAAUGGCAUACAAUACUUUUUAUUUAAAAGAAAAAAUGUGACUUUGGAGACUAGUAAGUAAUAAAAGUGAUCUUCAGAAAGACCUAUUGUUUAAGACUCAGUGCCUAAUUAUAGUAUCAAAUGUUCUUAAUAAAAUGCAUUAAUGUAAAUUUCAACAAUAACUUUUAGGAAAAAAAAUAAAAAAAAUUGUGAAAGAUGUCUUAAACACAAUUCACAUUUUGCAUUCCAAUGUGUUGGAAGUGUAUUUUUUAUAAUUAUAACUUAUGUUUAUCUUUAGUACAGUAGAUUUCAAGUGAGGGAAAAUUAAUCUCUUAGGUCCCUCCUAUGCCCCUGUAUGGUACUAUUUCUGAAGCCCCCAGUAGUUGCAUGUGUCUGAGUGUCUUGUGUAUCUAUAAUGUAUGUAUCUUAUGUGUUCUUUAUAUGUCAUACUGCCAUAUCAACAGUGAUGUUUGGUCAUCUCAGCCUAAAUAAACCCAUCUCUGUA